CGCCCGUGUCCAAAAGUUUCUUUUCCACACUUUAAGAAUUUGUCUUUUAUUUCUCAAUUCUGUAACAACAACCUCUCUUUUCUUUAUUGACAUAUUUUCGUACAACAGAAAUGCCGACCAACCCUAUUCUGAGCCUCACCGAGGAGGUCACCUGGAGCGAGCCAGCCUGGGUCAACGACACGCUUGCGUCGCCCUACUACAACGAUUCUCAUCGUCGACUGAGAGAAAACCUGCGCAAGUUCUUCGACGAGCAUAUUCAGCCACACGCAUUGGACUGGGAGGCAAAGGGCGAGGUCCCGCACGAGGCGGCCGUCAAGGCGCUGCAAUCGGGUAUGCUUGGGCUGGAAGUGCCCGAGAAGUACCAUCCCGCCGGUGUUCCCAACUUGGCCGGCAUCCCAUACGACCAGUGGGAUCAGUUCCACUACUUGAUUGCCAUUGACGAAGGCUCCCGCGUCGAAGGAGGUGUCCUGAUGAACAUUACUGGUGCAAACGCCGUUGGCCUACCGCCUGUGGUCAACUUUGGCACAGAAGAACAAAAGGACCGCUGGCUACCUGGUAUCAUGACCCGCGAGACCAUGUUCUGCUUGGGCAUUACGGAACCUACGGGCGGCUCUGAUGUUGGUGGUCUGAGAACGACAGCAGAGAAGACGGCCGACGGCAAGCACUACAUCGUCAAUGGCGUCAAGAAGUGGAUUUCCGGUUCACAAUGGGCGACACAUAUGACGACGGCCGUCCGAACCGGUGAAGAGGGCUUUGGCGGUAUUUCGAUUCUUGUUGUUCCGUUGAACCUGCCUGGCGUCACUGUAACCAAGAUUCACAACGCCGGCCACAAUGCCGGCGGUGCCUCGUUUGUCGAAAUGGACGAUGUCAAGGUUCCCGUCGAAAAUCUGAUUGGCGAGGAGAAUGAAGGCGUCAGCAUUAUUAUGCGCAACUUCAACCGCGAGCGCUACAUGAUUGCGAUCCAGUGCAACCGCAAGGCACGUACAUGUCUGCACAUGGCUUUGCAGUACGCGCUCAAGCGCAAAACGUUUGGCAAGAACCUUAUGAACUCACAAGUCAUUCGCAAGAAGCUUGCCGACAUGGCGCAGCGCAUUGAGGCGCACUGGGCCUGGAUUGAACAGAUUGCCUACCACGCUCAAAACUCCCCAGACGGCUGGCAGAGCUUCGAUCUUGCCAGUCGCUCAGCGCUGAUCAAGGUACAAGGCGGCCAGCUGCUCGAGUUUGCCAACCGCGAGGCCAUUCAGAUCUUUGGAGGUGCCGGAUACCAAAAGUCCGGCCCUGGUGCUACUGUUGAGCAAAUCGCGCGUGAUAUUAGAGUUUUGGUCGUGGGUGGUGGCAGUGAAGAGGUUAUGAAUGAUUUGGCUGUUCGUCAAGAGCUGCUGACGCUGAAAUCCAAGAUAUAACCGGCGUACGAAAGUGUACUGAGAGGAGUACAAAGUAGAUUGUAUAUCUAGUACCAGACCUAUAGAUUUGAUACCAUAUCCAAACAUUCAGUUUCGCCUAAACUAGCAGAUUAUACAUAUUUCCAAUUCCCA